AUGGGUAAAGAUAGACUUGAUAAUGUUGCUCCUAAAAUUUAUGAUGUCAAGGAACGUGGAUAUACUAAAAUUUUACAAAAGUUAGCACUUUCAGAUGAUGAACCAAUAACAGCUGAAGAAGUAUUUGAAUAUAUAAGAGAUAUUAAUGAUCCAGAACAUCCAUAUACAUUAGAACAAUUAAAUGUUGUCCAGGAAGAAUUGAUUAUGGUAGAUAAUAAUGAGGAUAAUCCUUAUGUUGAUGUAAGAUUUACUCCAACUAUUCCUCACUGUUCAAUGGCUACAUUAAUAGGAUUAUGUAUUAGAAUUAAAUUAGAAAGAUCACUUCCUCCAGGUAUGAAAAUAAUUACAAGAAUUACACAAGGAUCACAUAAUAGUGAAGAAAGUAUUAAUAAACAACUUGCUGAUAAGGAACGUGUAGCUGCUGCAAUAGAAAAUCAAAAUCUUAUGAAUACUGUUAAUCAAUGUUUAAAAACAAGAGAUUAUUAA